AUGGACAGAAAGUCUGCUAGAAUAAAAGCAGGGUUACAAAGAUAUGGUUGGAGAGUUUCGAAGAAUUUUAAAUAUAGGAAGGGAAGACCCAUAAAAGUCUAUGACAAAUUGUCUGGUCUUCGCUACGAAAUGGAUUUGGAAACAGCACGUGCCAAUUAUCCAAACAGACUAGAGAGGUUAGAAGAAGAACGUCUUAUGGACAUGCCUUUCGAUGUUAGUGAACCUCAAGUUGAAGGACACGACGGCUUUGCCAGAUUCUACUGGAAACAUGACGAACAAUUGCAUCCUUUGAGAAGGAAAAAAGGAAAAGGUGAAGACACACAUGCUCCCAUGGAAAGAACAAGAUAUGCAUAUGAAAAGUAUCGUGAAGUUAGAAGUCAAAUUACAUCUGGUCGAACCUUUACAGUAAACUUUGACGAAGGAAAGAACAAAGAAGGCUUCAUGGGAGUACUUGCUGCAAUUCAAGACGGAAAUAA